UAUUGACAUGGGAAGAUUUAUUAUAAUAGGGACAGAAACACAGCCAAUGGACAUCUUGACCAGGGGUGGACUGACAACUCGUGGCCCCCGGGCAGUAGGGGAUCAUGGGGCCUCUGUGUCCUUGCCCAAACUCAAAAAAUCCUAUGAAAAAGGUACCAGGGGUAUCUCACAGGGCCCCCUACUGACCCCAGGCCCUUGGGCAGUGCCCGAGUUUCCAAAUGGUCAGUCCGCCCCUGAUCUU